GUCAGCCGACAGCUGACCCAGUGAGAGCAUAGUGUCGAACAGUCGACGGUUACCGAUGGUAUCAAAUCUUAUCAGCGUGUUAGCCCGACUAUCGCACCGUCAGUUAGUGCCGCAUUGCCCGUGGGAAUACGCGGGUUGUCGGAUUUGGUCGUGGUAAAAUAGUGUGUUUGUUUUCUUCUGUUUCUUCAAGGAAUAUCAUCGGAUAGUGUUAAUUUAAUGUUUUGCAGUGUGCUUAUCGGUCAAGGUAAUUGUUGCUAACGAGUUGGGGAAACGAUGCUCAUCACUAGGUGACCCGAGUGCCGCUACGUGUCAAAGUGUGUCUCCCAGUGCCACUUCUGUCCCAUAAGACGAUCGUCCGAUAUUGCAUCGCAAAUAAACCGAUCUUGUGCUUGGUGGCAUCCUCCACAUCCAAAGCCAUCCACACCCACCCACCACACCAUUGUCCGCAUCCGCCGCCGGUGUGAGUCAUCAUGGAGCGAAUAUUGCGAGGCGUUAUGCGUUACCGGCAUUCGACGCGAGAGCAAAUGGUGCAGGAAUUUCGGAAAGUUCGCGACAAUCCUCAGCCAAAAGCCGUCUUUUUCACCUGUAUGGACAGUAGGAUGAUACCGACCCGGUUUACGGAGACACACGUCGGCGAUAUGUUUGUCGUGCGAAACGCAGGCAACCUUGUGCCACACGCGGAACACUUUCAGGACGAGUAUUUUAGCUGCGAACCGGCAGCGCUGGAGUUGGGCUGCGUCGUUAACAACAUCAAGCACAUCAUCGUGUGCGGUCACAGCGAUUGCAAGGCGAUGAACUUACUGUAUCAGCUGAAGGAUCCAGAAUUUUCAUCUCUGGAUAACCGCCGCAUAUCACCGCUGAGAGCGUGGCUUUGCGAGCACGCCAACACGAGUCUGUCCAAGUUUCAAAAUCUGAAAGAGAUCGGCCUCGACAAACCGCUGAUAUUUUCUUCCGAAACACCGCUCCGCAAGUUUGUAGCGUACAUCGAUCCGGAGAACAAUUUUGCGAUCGAGGAUAAGCUAUCGCAAGUGAACACCCUGCAGCAGAUCGAAAACGUUGCAUCGUACGGAUUUCUCAAACGACGGCUCGAAUCACACGAUCUGCACAUUCACGCACUGUGGUUCGACAUCUACACGGGGGACAUUUAUUUCUUUAGCCGGAAUGCUAAGCGCUUCAUCGCGAUUGACGAGAGCUCGAUCGAACGGUUACUGGAUGAGGUACGGCGGUACUAUUCUUGAUUGCCGAAGGCUCAGUCAAUUGUGUUUUCUGUCUAGAUAGAUGAUGCUUUACGGGUUACUAGCUGUACGCUUUUAUGUACAGUGUGUUGUUGCUGGCUGGACCGGGUGGGAAGAUUAUUUUCCUCCAAGUUAGCAAGUCCAACGUAACGAUUGUAAAACAAGUGAACGUUACGAUUGUAUGUGUAUAGUGCAAUGAGAGUUUUAUGUGCAAUGUAUAAAAUACAUCCGCUUAGUAAGGUGUUUUGUAGCAAA